AUAACAAACAAUUAGAAUAAUGCUUGCGUCGAAAAUAUCUUGAAAUGAACAUUUAAUAUAUAUAUAACAAUUGUUGUUUCACUAAUUAUCACCUUCUUCAUUAUUCACUUAUACUCUAUGCGAUAUUUGCAAUUGGUUUUCGGAACAAAAUGUGCCGUGUGUGAGCCCCUAACACAUACAACGCUGGCUCUUGCACAUGUGAAAGGCCAAUUUCGACAGCCAGUAUUAUUUGCUACAGCGCUACGCUUAAAACCACUUUAAACAUUAAUAAUUUAUUAACAAAUGGCUGAUACAAAGCAAACAGUUGUUGAGGGCGUCGAUGCACUCACCUUAAAUGGCAAAUCCGAAGCAGAGACUGUCGAAACGGCAACGGAUGCUGGUGGCGCUGAGUCAGGAACAACAAAUGCUGACGAUGUGGUUGAUCCAUGGAAUGUGGCCAGCAGCAAUGAUGCAGGCGUCGAUUACGACAAGCUAAUAAAGCGUUUUGGUUCGAGUAAAAUCGAUGAGGAACUUAUCGCACGUUUUGAAAAAAUCACAGGAAAGCCAGCUCAUCAUUUAAUCAGACGCGGCAUAUUCUUUUCGCAUCGCGACCUGCACUCAAUUCUAACGCUAAUCGAGCAGGGCAAACCAUUCUACUUGUACACGGGACGAGGACCCAGCUCCGGAUCGUUGCAUGUGGGGCACUUGGUGCCGUUUAUUAUGACCAAAUGGCUGCAGGAAACUUUCGAUGUACCUCUGAUUAUUCAGCUGACGGACGACGAGAAGACCCUGUGGAAAGAUUUGAAAAUCGAGGACGCAAUCAAAUUGGCCCGUGAGAAUGCAAAGGAUAUUGUUGCCAUGGGCUUUGACUUGAAUAAGACCUUCAUAUUCAAUAACUUGGAGUUUAUGGGCAAAUGUCCAGCAUUCUACCAGAACAUAAUUCGUAUUCAAAAGUGCGUCACGUUUAACCAGGUGAAAGGCAUUUUCGGUUUCGGCGACUCAGAUAUUAUUGGCAAGAUAGGAUUUCCAGCCGCGCAGGCAGCGCCUGCCUUAUCAAGCACCUUUCCUUUCAUCUUUGGCAAUAAGAAAGUUCACUGUCUGAUACCUUGCGCCAUUGAUCAGGAUCCGUAUUUCCGUAUGACGCGCGAUGUGGCGCCACGUCUGGGUUUCCCCAAAUGUGCACUCAUCCACUCGAGUUUCUUUCCGGCAUUGCAGGGCGCCAAAACGAAAAUGUCAGCAAGUGAACAGAACUCGGCUGUAUUUCUGACUGAUACUCCCAAGCAGAUCAAGAAUAAAAUCAAUAAAUAUGCCUUUUCGGGCGGACGCACCACAGUGGAGGAGCAUCGUCAACUGGGCGGCAUACCCGACAUCGAUGUAGCUUAUCAGCUACUCAAGUUUUUCCUAGAGGACGAUAACAAACUCGAAGAAGUGCGUGUUGCCUACAGCAAGGGUGAAAUGCUAACGGGCGAAAUUAAAAAACUGGCUAUAGAGACUCUUACGCCGAUUGUUGAGCAGCAUCAGGCGGCGCGUAAACUGGUAACGGACGAAGUGCUGGACAAAUAUUUCGAGAUUCGAGCACUUAAAUUUGGAAGCUAGAGCCAGUAUAUAGAGAAAGAACAUUGUAUACACAAAAAUGUAUUUAUUGAUUUGUGUGUUUGCCACACAGCUGUAAGCUUGUUGCACACGCAAGCCGCACGUUGCGCUCGCUAUUUAUUUACUAAGCAAAAUUUUGUGUUAUUAUUUUUAUAAGCACACAGAAAAAAGCAAACAAACCAAUAAACGGCUAUAAACUGACCCACUUUGGCUAGUUGUAAAAUAGCUGUAAAACUCCGGACUCCAAAAACGGGAAUAGUGCUUGGGCCGUCGCGUCGACUCCAAAUGCGAAAACUUGUAUAGUUAUAUAUAGUGAAUAUAUAGCUGCUAUUCUGGCGCAAGCAUCUGGUAAAGCAGCUAAAAUAAUAUAUUUCAGACUCGUCGCUGCGCAAAAAUGUAAUAAUUUCCGUGUAAUUCGAGAGUUAUUGAACGCAUUCAAUUUCUGUUUCGGUCAUAAU